AUGCCUCGGCUCCUGAGAAAUGUCCUCUGUGUAACUGAGACAUUCCACAAAUAUGCCAGUGAGGACAGUAACGGGGCAACACUGACCAGCAGAGAGCUGAAACAACUCCUCCAGGGCGAGUUUGGGGACUUUUUUCAGCCAUGUGUCCUUCAUGCUGUGGAAAAAAAUUUGAAUCUUCUGAAUAUUGGUAGUAAUGGCAUCAUCAGUUUUGAUGAAUUUGUUCUUGCAAUCUUCAACUUGUUGAACCUCUGUUAUCUUGACAUACAAUCGUUACUAAGUUCUGAACUAAGACAGGUGACUAAACCAGAGAAGGAGAAGCCAGAUGAUGUGGAUCUUCAGGCAACCACCAGAGAUGGUCAGUGGACUGCGGGAACUUCACCAACUCAAGAAGAGAGGAUGCUUCCUUCAGGAAUGGCAUCAUCAUCUCAGCUCAUCCCUGAAGAAAGUGGAGCAGUUGGAAAUAACAGAGUGGACCCAUGGAGAGAAGCCAAGACUCACAACUUUCCAGGAGAAGCAUCUGAACACAAUGACCAUAAGAACCAACACCUGGAAGGAGAUGAACAAAGUCAGGAAGUGGCCCAAGAUAUACAAACAACAGAAGACAAUGAAGGCCAACUUAAGACAAAUAAGCCAAUGGCAGGAUCAAAACAGACCAGCAGUCACACAAAGAGGAAGGGACAAGAUAAGGAGAUCUCCCGGGAGGGAGAUGAGCCAGCCAGAGAGCAAAGUGUUUCCAAGAUAAGAGACCAGUUUGGAGAACAGGAAGAAAACUUGGGAACCCAAAGUUCACCACCAAAAGAAGCAACACAAAGACCAUCUGAAGAUCAGGAAGUUAGAACAGAAAAGGAAAAACACUCUAACACACAAGAACCACCCCUACAAAGAGAAGAUGAGCCCAGUUCAGAGCAUGCUGACCUGCCAGAACAAGCUGCUGCCAGGACACCAUCUCAGACACAGAAAUCAACUGAUCCCAAGGAUGUCUGUAUAACAUUUGACACUCACGAACCAGGAAAGGAUGCUGACCAGACACCAGCUGAGACAAAGAAUUUGGGUGAACCUGAGGAUUAUGGCAGAACAUCUGAGGCCCAAGAAAAAGAAUGUGAAACAAAGGACCUGCCAGUCCAAUAUGGUAGCAGAAAUAGUUCAGAAACAUCUGAUAUGAGAGAUGAAAGGAAAGAGAGGAGAGGUCCUGAGGCCCAUGGAACAGCAGGGCAGAAAGAACGUGACAGAAAAACUCGGCCACUAGUCCUGGAAACCCAAACACAGGAUGGGAAGUAUCACGAACUCCAAGGAUUAUCAAAAUCCAAAGAUGCUGAAAAAGGCUCUGAGACACAAUAUCUAAGCUCAGAAGGAGGAGAUCAGACUCACCCUGAACUUGAAGGAACAGCAGUCUCAGGAGAAGAGGCAGAACACACCAAAGAAAGCACAGCAGAAGCAUUUGUGAACAGCAAAAACUCACCUGCAGCAGAAAGGACACUGGGAGCAAGAGAAAGAACACAAGAUUUAGCACCACUUGAGAAGCAGUCUGCAGGAGAAAAUUCUAGGGUCACCAAGACUCAUGACAAACCAGUUGAGGAGGAGGAUGGUUACCAGGGGGAGGACCCUGAGUCACCAUUCACACAGAGUGAUGAGGGGUCUUCUGAAACUCCCAACAGCCUGGCUUUAGAGGAAGGCAACAGCAGCUCAGAGGCAGGUGAACUGCCUAUGCAAGGGGACUCCCAGAGUCAAGGGGACCCACAUGGAGAGUCUGUGCAAGGAGGUCACAAUAAUAACCCAGAUACCCAGAGGCAGGGAACACCUGGUGAGAAAAACAGAGCUCUGGAGGCAGUGGUGCCAGCAGUCAGAGGAGAGGAUGUACAGCUCACAGAGGACCAGGAACAGCCUGCCAGAGGAGAACACAAGAAUCAAGGCCCAGGGACCAAAGGCCCAGGUGCAGCUGUGGAACCCAGUGGACACUCAGAAGCACAGAAAUCCACAGCAGGAGAUGAAAAUAGAAAGUCCCUGGAAAUAGAGAUCACAGGUGCCCUGGAUGAAGACUUCACUGACCAGCUUUCCCUAAUGCAGCUCCCUGGAAAAGGAGAUAGCAGAAAUGAAUUAAAGGUCCAAGGCCCAAGUAGCAAAGAAGACAAAGGAAGGGCAAGAGAGGCCCAGAAUACUCUGUUAAAAAGUCUAGAUGAGGACAAUUCAGCCUCCCUCAAGAUACAACUUGAAACAAAGGAACCUGUAACAUCGGAGGAGGAAGAUGAAAGUCCCCAAGAGCUGGCAGGAGAAGGUGGUGACCAAAAAAGUCCAGCCAAGAAAGAGCACAAUUCUUCAGUCCCCUGGCCAAGUCUUGAAAAGCAGAUGCAGAGAGACCAAGAGCCCUGUUCUGUGGAGAGGGGUGCAGUCCAUUCCAGUCCACUUUACCAGUACCUACAGGAGAAGAUACUGCAGCAAACAAACGUAACCCAAGAGGAGCAUCAAAAGCAAGUUCAGAUAGCCCAGGCAUCAGGCCCAGAGUUUUGCAGUGCAUCCCUCACCAGUGAGAUCUCAGAUUGUUCUGUGUUUUUCAACUACAGCCAAGCGUCACAACCAUAUACCAGGGGACUUCCACUUGAUGAGAGUCCUCCUGGUGCACAGGAAACACCAGCUCCCCAGGCCUUGGAAGAUAAGCAGGGUCACCCUCAGAGAGAGAGGCUGGUACCACAAAGGGAGGCAAGCACCACAAAGCAAUGA